AUGGCAGGUCCUGAGACAAGCCCCGAGAAGCUGGAGCGACAUCUGUCCGUUGCUUCUGCUGUAGAUCCCGUGGUUUUCUCAGAGCACGACAGCGUCAAGGACCCAUCGCAUGAUUACCAACCACUAUCAGCUAUGGACCAACCAACGACAACUCAAGCUAUUUUGGGGAUUCUUUCAGCAGUGGAAAGUAUUUCUUCGAACUUGAAGACACCUCCCAAAGCUUCCUCAUUAAGCGGGAGUUCUCCGCCGGAUGACAAGUCUCCAUUCAACCAGAAGUUGCCCGAAAACAUGGCCGAUGGGAACAUUGUCAGCCAUCCGCAUAUCGAGCGAUUGCCAAUGUCAAAGUGGAAUCCAGAGGUCUUCCUUGAUAGUCAGCCACACCGCAGUGGGCAAAUAAUCGCUUCUGCAUUCUACACAGAAGUCCCAGGAAGCAUCAAAGCGGCCGGGGACUAUGUGUCCGAAGCCGACUUCAAAGCGGCAUAUUCGAAGAGCAAUAGGAGCUUAGGGCCUCAGAGGAUCCUCAUUCACUCGAAAGAAAUGAUUCAUGAACUACAGCAGAUCACAGGGGCGCCUGAUACACAACGGACGGGGCUGUUGGCAAUGGUGCCUCCUUUCAAGCUUCUAAUUCAUCACAGGAAUGACAUUGAAACAAAGCUCCAGGGGUUGAAACAAGCUUCAUCACUUGCUACGGAUAGCUUGACAAGCGAAGAAAUGAAAAUUCGCCGCCUUCAGUGCAUCCACGACUUCAUAAAGACGGACCUGGCCAACUACAUUGGCUUGAAUCUUAGAAUUCGGAACGGCGACAUCGACGAACUCUCGUUCGAGGAGAUCUACCAUCUUUUCAAGCCCGGCGACUUAGUUCUUGCCACUGAAACUAGCGAUUCUCAAGUACACAUGGUUCUCUCGGUCUCAGGAGGCAGGAUGCUUCUCUCAUCCACCUCCGAAGGAAUGCCUAACCCUCAUCAGCCACGUGGAGCACAUGGAAGAGCUGGAACCUGGGUGGACCUCCGGCUCUCAUGCUUGACCAUGGCAUGGGAUGGAGAGAAUAUAGGUCCCAGACAUUCCAUAUACACGAUUCCCUUCUUCACAGGAAAGAUGAGGGUUACAGACUUGGAACUGUAUCCUAUUCAAUUCCACCCGGAUGAGUAUGACCUGCGUCAAAAACUGACUUCACGAGGACGGAAAAUCAUCCAAUGCUUUGGACACAAAAAAUAUACUGGGACAUCUGUGAUACCUCAUAAAUCUUUGGAGAUGUUUGUGGACAAGCGGAUGAUCGCAAAACCCCCAUUUGGUGACGACUCGUCGGACGAUGAAGAUGGAAUGUACAGUGCUUUCGAAAUGGUUCGAAGUGACGUAUACAUUGACUACAAAGCUGUCUAUACUAAUCUCUUUAGUAAAACGCCACCAUUGAGCUUCCUACCUAGGAUUUCUGGUGAGCUUCAGGGGCUUGCAGACACACUUGACACUUUGAGCAACGGCAAAACCUGGAAUUGUAGCGACGGCGAAAUUGAAUCUAUUCGAUCAGAGAGUUUUCUCGCUAUGAAUCGUCACCUGACGAAAUUUGAUAAACCAAAAGCAAACCUGAAGGACGACGAGGCUAGGCUUAUACUGCUACCUGGUCAGGUCCCCGCCUUCGUCUUCAAUUCGAGAAAUUGGGAAUGGUUGGACUUGGACAAUAUCGAAGAUAUCGACAAGUCGGAAGCGUCAAGGAACAGUGGCUGGAAAGAACUCGUGAUCCCUCACAAGUUCAGUGAACUACUACUGUCACUGGUCAGCCCCCCAGGAUCAGGCAAAACCAGCACAGCCGAAACGAUUGCAGCAUAUACUGGUCGUCCUUUAUAUGCCAUCACUUGUGGCGACCUGGGUACCACGCCAAAGGAGCUUGAGAAAAACCUCGUACGGCAUACUCGUCUUGCUGAGAAGUGGGGCUGUGUGCUACUGCUGGAUGAGGCAGACGUGUUUUUGAUGUCCAGAACCUACGACGAUAUGCACAGGAAUGCUAUGGUGUCCAUCUUUCUGCGCCAACUUGAAUAUUACUCUGGUAUCCUGUUCCUGACAACCAACAUUGUCGGCGUCAUCGAUGAGGCCUUCAAGUCUCGUAUCCAUGUUGCACUAGAGUACCCUGCUCUAGAUGAAGCAUCAACAAUUGAGAUAUGGGGUAAUGUUUUACAGCGCAUCAAACAGGACAACGAGAAGCUCGAAAUGAAGAUCCGUUUCGAUGAGAAAGCUCUCUUGCAAUUCGCCAAGAAACACUACCGGGAACACCGGCGCAAUGGGACGACGUGGAAUGGCCGGCAAAUCAGGAACGCGUUUCAAACUGCUAUUGGGAUUGGCCAAUACGAAAGGCUCAAGAAGAUCGACGAAGCAACGGCAAAAGGGAAGAAGCCGGAAAAAACCACGCGAUAUAUCAAGUUAUCAGUCGCAAGCUUCGCAACUGUCGCAGACACUACUAGCGAUUUCGAGAGAUACAUCACGAGGACACGAGGCGACGACCGAGAAAGAGCGGCGGCGCAUGGAUUCAGGCAAUACGAAGAUAGCGCCAAGGGCAAGGGAAUGCAGAGGAAGGCGACACGAGCAAGUCCUCCUGCAUCUGAUAGUGAAGGCCACUAUCGUGGUGGAAGUGAUGGAGGGAGCGACGGGGAAAUCAUUGAGGAAGAUCUAGAGGAUGAGGAUGAGGAUGAGGAUGAAGAAGACGAUAAGUGA